UAUCAUUAUACUAGCUCAACUGACGAAGACACUGUAAAACAAACCAACGCGACCAUGGAAAUCUAUUCCAAAUAUGAGGUUCCUUCCGACUUCUACGGAGUGGAGAAUACCGCGCAGAUCGCCAACAAUCCCGGAACUUGGACUAAGUCGACAAAGACGACGACAUUCACGAGUCGUGUCACAGCUCAUAAGACAUACGAGGCCUUGAAAACAUCAAUACGGGUUACCACGUCAAGCGCUUCUUCCUCCGUCACACCGGUUCAUUACAGCGCCAGUAGAAGGUUCAUACAGAUGAUUAAUCGCACGAAUCCCGUUCUGUACAUUGUCCCGGAAGGCCAACUACUGGAAACUUCAUUUCGCGGCAUUUGUCCCUCGGGGAAUUGUGUUGAUGACUGCAAAAACAUGUCUCGCGUAUUUCAGGCAGUCCCUGACGGACUCAACAUAGAUCCGUUACGUUAUGGGCGACCAGAGACACAAGUGUCGAACGUGACUCUCUUCGGCACUUGCAGCAACCUUGAAUUUGCUACGAAAUUUGCUGUUGCAGAGAGGAACACCGACUUCACCCCGUACUUUUCGACGAAUGACUCCAGAGACUUAUUCAACAUUGCCGCAAACAUGGCAAGCUGCUUCGCUGCUGCAACAUGCGAACAAACGCGGAAACCUACUGUCUGCGCCGAGGCAUGCUCUCCAUCCAAGUUGCUGUCAUCUCCAACGGCCUUUGACUAUGAGCAAGAAUCAGGUUUCCUGAACUGUGUUCUGAGGCUUUGCGACCAUACUUGCUCUUUACCUUACGUGAACCAAGACGUGUUAGGCAUUGGUGUACUUAUUUCGUACUACAUUCAAGCUGUGGUUCUUGUAAUCUGCGCCUCGGCUAUCGUGGUGUCUGCCGGACUACAAUUGUGGAGGGCGUCGUCGGCAGAGAAGACGAUUAGAGAUAGUUUGAGAAGUCCGUUGGAGACGUUCUUGAGAGUUCAAGCACUGUUUGGCACCACGGAGUACGAUCACGCUUCUCGACCGCUUUAG